GAAAAGAAAUAAGAAAGCAGCCGCACUACGUCUUUUGUUAGCUACAGACAGUUUAGGGGGAAGAAGACCAGUCUCUUUAUGGGCUUGGGCAGAGUACAGAGAGAUGACUUUGCAGUUUGUAGAAUACACUGGGGCCACAGAAGUUGAGAUAAUUUAGCAGCACGCUGGAGCAGCUGGGAAAGGCUGGAGAGGGAGGGACAGUCACAGCUUCUCUUCCUUUCCUUUCUCUGCAUGUCUGCUGUUUACUGCGCCCUCCCCUUCUCUUACCCUCUGUACCGAAAGAGAAAUUCAGACAGUGGAAGCAUCCGACUCAGACAUGACAUACCAACACACGGUUUAAAGGGAAUAUAUAGAACGCCAUGCAAGAAUAGGACAAAGUCAGAAGUGAGAACAGGAUCUAGGGAGAGAGCACCAAGUGGCUACCAGAGUAAGAGGAUCAGCCAAUCACACAGCACAAGGACAGUUAUUGUGGACCACACACAAUGCUGGUGUUUUUUCGGUUUAAUGUUGUUGGAGUCAACAGACAGCAAAUAAAAGCAUCUGGGACGAAUAUUUAUUACAGCAGGUAAAGGAAACAAUCCAUAAGGCAUCUAUCACUGGACAUACACAGAAAGGGAUUAUCUACGCGAUUCAUUUUGGCUUCCCCCAUUUAAUAUGCAGGACUAACUUCAACAGAAUUGUUGUUGUCAAAGUGACAAUGCAGAGAGGAAUUUUACUCUUUCUCUGUAUUCUAGCUCUGGGGAGAACAGCAGUUAUUUACAAAAGGUGUCAAGUCACACGUGCAUUAAAUGACAAACUACUCUAUGAUAAGCGAUUGACCUACCUGGGGGAUUACUUUCCAAAGGAUUACAAAAUGAUUGUUAGGUAUGAAGAAGUUCUCCGCUGCCAAAACAUCACCAGCCUGAUUAACCAAGGAAUCACCGUAGAAGAGCUACGUUACCUGUGGGGUAUAGUAAAUGAAGACAUAUUGAUAAAAAUCAAGGAAGUAUUGCCAGACAGACACCCCUCCUUUGGUUACAUCACAGAACUUCUGAAAAUCUUUAAAGAACUGCUACUGGACACUAUAACGCACCAAACAGAAAUCAUUCAGGAUAUCAUGGAAAGACUGAGGAAACCAGAUGAUACAGGACCACGAAAAUCAGUUCGUCCCAAGGCACUGCUGGAUAACUGCUUCCGAGUCCUGUAUGCACUGUAUGAGGAGGAAUGUAAUCUUUGUAACCCCAGCAGCCGUCUUAUGGCUUUGUGAGCUCAGCUCAGACGCAUGACCAAAGCUGCAUGACCGGUUAUGGGAUUUCUCUGUGCACGUGUAUGUUUGUCAACUGAUAUCAUGGAAAUGAGGGAUGCAACUCUUCUUCUCCACACCACAACAGAUACAUUUUACAAUAAUUAAUGGCAUCAGUGGUAAGAGUUGAUGUGAGGGUACUUACAAGCCUGUUGUCAUAUUUAUUAAUGGCAUAACUGCUGAGAGGGUGUGUGAGGGUAUUGCAAGUUUGCCUUCUUUAGACUGAAGAUAUUUAAUUAAAAUUUAAAGAAUGGAUUGUAUUGGACCUAAAUCUGUUCUCCUCAAUGGAAUUAUGCCACUUUCCUGGCUUCCGUGAAAAACAAUAUUAUCCCCCCCUCUUCGCCACAUGGAUGCAGUAAUUUCUGGUCCCUCGGUCACAGGUUGAUUGUCUUUACCCAGGUUUUAGCCUGGGUAUUCAGUCAGUGGAGAUGUAGAAUCCAUAUUAUCUAUUGCUAACCCUAACCAAAGUAUAUAUAUAUUUAAAAUGUAUCUUAAGAAACUUUAACUUUUUUCCCCGUACAGUUAGGGUUGCAGGGGCCUUUGACAACUGUCAAGGGCCCAGGCAUAUAUAAUUAAAUAUUUUAAUAUAGUAGUAGAAAAAAACUGCUUUAAAAACUUUAAAUGAAUGAUGUAUGUGUC